CAUGUGGCCACGCCCUAUGACGUAGACAGACCGCGCCCCCAAACGAAAACAAAAAAUUUAAGGUCCAGACAAUAUAACAAACUUAUUGAUUUAUUGAUUAAUCUACUGUUACUAUUAACUAAUUUAUUUAUCUAGUGUUCAUUAAUUUAUCAACAAACUUAUUUAUUACUUAAUUUAUUAAGCCACUGUUAUUAACUAAUUUUUCAAAAGCUUUUAUUAAUUAAUUUAUAAACAAAGUUAUUUAUUAACAGGCUUGUUUAUAAAUUAAUUUAUUAAUACACUGUUAUUAAUUAUUUAGUUAAGACUAAUUAAUAGAUUUAUUAACAGACUUUCAAGGGUAUGUAUUAAGUAAUUUAUUAAUCCACUAUUAUUAUUAACUAAUUUACAUUAUCAGUAUUCAGUUUACAUUAUCAGACUAAACGAUUCAUUAAGUUGACUGUUAUCAUUAACUGAACUAUUAAGAGUAUCACUUAUUAGUUAACGUAGUAAUUAACUUAUUAUCGACUUUCUUAACAGACAUUUAAUCCAGUGUUAUUUAUGUAUUGAUUAACCCCGGUUAUUAUUUACUUAUUAAUCUAUUGGUUCACUCCCUUUUUCUUGACAAUUUCCGGCACGGUCGGGCGGAAAUACAAUCUGGGAGAAUUCCUGGCGGAUUGUGAUCUUCGCACCGGAAGCGGAAACAGGCGGCUCCAGGAGUCAGUGGAACUUUCAGCCGAGAGCGAUGGGUGCCCGGGACGACGAGUAUGAUUAUCUGUUCAAGGUUGUGCUGAUUGGCGAUUCAGGUGUUGGAAAAAGUAACCUCCUAUCACGCUUCACACGCAAUGAGUUCAACCUGGAAAGUAAGAGCACAAUUGGAGUGGAAUUUGCAACAAGAAGUAUCCAGGUAGAUGGGAAAACAAUUAAGGCCCAAAUCUGGGAUACAGCUGGGCAGGAGCGAUACAGAGCCAUCACCUCUGCAUAUUAUCGAGGAGCAGUUGGCGCUCUGUUGGUAUAUGAUAUUGCCAAACACCUUACCUAUGAGAACGUGGAAAGGUGGUUAAAGGAGUUGAGAGAUCACGCCGACAAUAAUAUCGUCAUCAUGCUUGUAGGGAACAAGAGUGAUCUCCGUCACCUCCGAGCUGUGCCGACAGAUGAGGCAAAAGCUUUUGCAGAAAAAAAUGGCUUGUCCUUUAUUGAAACUUCAGCUUUAGACUCUACAAAUGUAGAAACUGCAUUCCAGACUAUCCUCACAGAAAUUUACCGUAUUGUGUCUCAGAAGCAAAUGUCAGACAGACGUGAAAAUGACAUGUCACCGAGUAACAAUGUGGUCCCCAUUCACAUGCCUCCAACUACUGAGAAUAAACCAAAGAUGCAGUGCUGUCAAAACAUCUGAGAUGCAAGUUGCUGUCCAUUCCAAGCCUUUAUCUACAUUGUACCUGUGUAGUGCUUAUGGUUUUUCAUUUUGCGACUCAAUUUGAUUAAAUGUGGCAAUUAUAUUAAACAUGUAACUGUCUUUACUAACAUGUUGGAAUUUGUUUAUAUCAGCUAUGUGCAUUUUUAUAUAAUAUAUACUUGCAGGUAGUGUAAAAUGGUUUAAAAGCCAUUUUACAAAUGUUAUCAUGUAAUAAGACGAGGGAUACAACACCCACAUGCCUUUUUAUGGUAGGUGCUUUUGAGAUGGAAAUGCUUGUUUUCGAAUAAGGGAUGCUCAUGAAGUGUGAACAACACAGAUGGCAUUUCUUGAGUCAACUCAUCACUAAUUUGCCUCUUUCUUUAUUUUCCUAGUAACUUUUGUAAAUUGUAUUUUAUGCAUGUAGUAUGAUCUCUCCAAUUUUUAGGUUAUGGUUUAAAAUGUUGUGUACUUGAAUCUCUAUUAAAAUGAAAUGGAAGAGAA